AUGACAUAUAAUUCUGCUUUUACUACUCUUCAACCUCAUUUUGAUCAUGUUGUGACUGCUAAUAGUGUUGAUGCUCCUGUCACGGGGGUUGGUUCUGUACUCUUGACACCUACUUUACCAUUGGACAAAGUGUUGUUGGUUCCAUCUUUGUCUAGUAAUUUAUUAUCCGUGCCACAAGUUACUGAGCAGUUAAACUGCGUUGUACUGAUGUAUCCGUCUUUUAUCUUACUACAGGAUAUCCAGACUCGGGAGAUAUUUGGUCGUGGUACUAAAAACGGGGGCCUUUAUUAUGUGGACAAUGUGGCAACUAAUCGUGCUGGUAGCGCCAACACUUCUCAACCUAAGAGUCAUUGGGUCUUCUACCCUCCAAGCCUUGGGAGUUCGCUGCUCCAUCAGAAUCAGAGUAAGAUAGACGUCUAUGCUCUCUGCUGUGUCUUUUUGGGUUUCUCUCCUCAUCAGAAAGGCUACUGGUGCUAUCAUCCUGCAACCCGACGUCUAUAUGUUUCUAUGGGUGUUACCUUUAUUAAGGAUGAGAUGUUCUUCUUUGACACACCCGAGCAUGUCGUUCAAGAGCACUACAAGAAAACAGGCCUUCUGUGA